AGCGCUCGGGGGGCGGGGCUGCGCCGGGCCGCCGCGGCGCAUUGUGCAGCAGGGCCGCGGACCGGCGCGGCUCCCGGGCAUGGUGAGCAAGGCGCUGCUGCGCCUCGUGUCAGCCGUCAACCGCAGGAGGAUGAAGCUGCUGCUGGCCGUCGCCCUGCUCGCCUACGUCGCCUCUGUUUGGGGAAACUUCGUUAAUAUGAGCUUUCUGCUCAACAGGUCUAUCCAGGAAACCGGUGAACUAAAAAUUGAAAGCAAGAUUGAAGAGAUUGUUGAACCACUAAGAGAGAAAAUCAGAGAUUUGGAGAAAAGCUUCACCCAGAAAUACCCACCAGUGAAGUUUUUAUCAGAAAAGGAUCGCAAAAGAAUUUUGAUAACCGGAGGCGCAGGGUUCGUGGGCUCCCAUCUCACCGACAAACUCAUGAUGGACGGCCAUGAGGUCACCGUGGUGGACAACUUCUUCACAGGCCGCAAGAGAAACGUGGAGCACUGGAUUGGCCACGAGAACUUCGAGCUGAUUAACCACGAUGUGGUGGAGCCUCUCUACAUUGAAGUGGAUCAGAUAUACCAUCUGGCCUCUCCAGCCUCCCCUCCCAACUAUAUGUAUAAUCCUAUCAAGACGCUGAAGACCAAUACAAUUGGGACGCUAAACAUGCUGGGGCUGGCAAAGCGAGUCGGUGCCCGUCUGCUCCUGGCCUCCACGUCCGAGGUGUAUGGAGACCCUGAAGUGCACCCUCAGAGUGAGGAUUACUGGGGCCACGUGAAUCCCAUUGGACCCCGGGCCUGUUAUGACGAAGGCAAGCGGGUGGCAGAGACCAUGUGCUACGCCUACAUGAAGCAGGAAGGCGUGGAAGUGCGAGUGGCCAGAAUCUUCAACACCUUUGGGCCACGCAUGCACAUGAAUGAUGGGCGUGUGGUCAGCAACUUCAUCCUGCAAGCUCUCCAGGGGGAGCCACUCACGGUAUAUGGAUCCGGCUCCCAGACAAGGGCAUUCCAGUAUGUCAGUGACCUGGUGAACGGCCUCGUGGCGCUCAUGAACAGCAACGUCAGCAGCCCAGUCAACCUGGGAAACCCAGAAGAACACACAAUCCUAGAAUUUGCUCAGUUAAUUAAAAACCUUGUCGGCAGUGGAAGUGAAAUCCAGUUCCUCUCUGAAGCCCAGGAUGACCCGCAGAAAAGAAAACCAGACAUCAGAAGAGCAAAGCUGAUGCUGGGAUGGGAGCCUGUGGUCCCGCUGGAGGAAGGCCUAAACAAAGCGAUUCAUUACUUCCGUAAAGAACUGGAAUACCAAGCAAAUAACCAGUACAUCCCCAAACCAAAGCCUGCCAGAAUCAAAAAGGGACGAACACGCCACAGCUGAAUCCCUCACCUCUUAGGACACGAGAACUCCAUGUUUUACACUUGAUGAGAUGUAUUUUUUUUU